AGAAAAUAGAUGCAUAUAAAGAGUUUAACGUUUCAAAUAGACGCCUAAGUACUGUCAUUGCUUAUCCUUGGGUAGGUUUCGUUAUGUUGGCAAAUCAUAAGGAAGUAGAUGAUGAUUAAAAAAAAUCUCAGUAGAAGAUGGAAGUCUUUCUGUAUAAUUCUACUGUUUGUAGAUUAUGUGGGGAAGAAAAUGAUAAUGGAACAUUGUUAUAUUCUAGCGAAGAAAAUAGCCAGAACUUAAGUGAAAUCAUCAAUACCUAUUUACCAAUUAAGGUAUCAGAUGACGGAGAAUUACCACGAACCAUUUGUCCAGGAUGUACUAUUCAGAUAGAGGCUACUGUAGAAUUUAUAACCUUGAUAAUAAAUGGACAGAAAAUAAUAAGAGAGCUGCAUCAGCGGGAAACGGAAUAUAAGAAGACAUUGUUCAACCAUGCAGUGGCCAGUGAGCCAGAGAUUAUCACCGAGAAGAUUGUUUAUGAGAUUAACACCAGCGAUGGCGUCUACCAAGUCGAGCACCCAAUCGCCCUCCAAGUGGCUGGCUUGGAUAAGCCCAAACGCAAGCGUGGCCGGCCCCCGAAGAAGCCCAAGACACCCGAGGAGUUGGCACAGGAGGCUGCUGCCAGACAACAGGUUGAGGAGUCCAAGGUUAUCCAGAAAGAAGAAGAGUUGCAGGGGAAACGGAGGAGGAAAACUCCUACAAGAUUCAAAGAAGCUGUUCAGGGCAAAGAACUAGAGAGGAUAUUCAAAGAGGAGGGAGUGACCGACGGCGACGAAACUGACAACGAAGCCAAACCCGACGCGGACAAGCUGCCCGUGUCUAAGGAACCCGAGGUCAUAGGGCAUAUGGAGGCCUCUGGAGAACUCGUGGUCGUGGUUAAGGGCAAAGGCCGAGGGAGGCCGAAAGGUCGCAUGCGUCCGACGCGCGAGCAGUGCGCCAUCUGCGGCAUGGAGUUCUCGUGCGUCGGCCGCUACAUGUCGCACGUCGCCGCGCACGGGCCCGUGCAGUACCGCUGCGGCUGCGGCCAGACCUUCCCCACCAGGCUCAUGUUCACCACGCACCAGAGGAACGCCGCACACGAGGGACAGACUGUCAUCCCGUGCGCCACGCAGCUGCGGCCAGACCUUCCCCACCAGGCUCAUGUUCACCACGCACCAGAGGAACGCCGCACACGAGGGACAGACUGUCAUCCCGUGCGCCACGCAGGUGAGACGCAUGUAGCAUGCCGCAUGUGUCGUACAGCUGCGGCCAGACCUUCCCCACCAGGCUCAUGUUCACCACGCACCAGAGGAACGCCGCACACGAGGGACAGACUGUCAUCCCGUGCGCCACGCAGAAUGCAGAUAAACCCCAAAACGUCUCCAAUAAAGACGGAGCAGCCUCCAGAGCCGUCCGAAGAACUGCCCUCGAUAGAGAAGCUGGUCAGCAACGUGCAGGACGCCGCGCUGCCGGCUGCCGUGCCGGACGACGCGGUGCAGAAGGUGGAGGAACCGGACCACAAACCGGAAGUGGCCUCAGAAGAGACCCCAGCAGAGGCCGAGGUGGAGACAGAAACGGUCGUGCUGGGGCCGUCCGGCAAGCCCAAGCUGAAGUGUCCGCAGUGCGACAAGAUGUUCAGCAACAAGCAGAGCCGCUCGCUACACAUUAAGGCGGUGCACGAAGGCGCGAAACCGUACGUGUGCGUAGAGUGCGGAGCAUCGUUCGCGUAUCCUCGCUCGCUCGCCCUGCACGCCCACUCGCACCGCAGGGCUCAGCCCAGUAAAGGCUUCGCCUGCGAUCUGUGUGGGAAGGUGCUGAACCACCCCUCCUCCGUGGUGUACCACAAGGAAGCCGAGCACACCGGGCAGCGCUACGUGUGCGGCAAGUGCGGCAAGCUGUUCAAGCACAAGCAGCUGCUGCAGCGGCACCAGCUCGUGCACUCGCAGGCGCGCCCUUACAGCUGCAAGAUCUGCAGCACGUCGUUCAAGACGAAGGCGAACCUCCUGAACCACGCGCUGCUGCACUCGGGCGUGAAGCGGUUCUCGUGCGAGCUGUGCAAGCACCGCUUCGCGCACAAGACCAGCCUCACGCUGCACAUGCGGUGGCACUCGGGCCUAAAACCAUACACCUGCAAAACAUGCGGCAAGAGUUUCAGCCAAAAAGGCAACCUGUCCGAGCACGAGCGCAUCCACACGGGCGAGAAGCCGUACCAGUGCGCGCAGUGCCCGCGGCGCUUCACCACGUCCUCGCAGCACCGCCUGCACGCGCGCCGCCACCAGCCCGGCCCCGAGCGCCCGCACGCCUGCGACCGCUGCGGGAAGCGGUACGUACCGUCACAUCCACACGGGCGAGAAGCCGUACCAGUGCGCGCAGUGCCCGCGGCGCUUCACCACGUCCUCGCAGCACCGCCUGCACGCGCGCCGCCACCAGCCCGGCCCCGAGCGCCCGCACGCCUGCGACCGCUGCGGGAAGCGGUACGUACCGUCACAUCCACACGGGCGAGAAGCCGUACCAGUGCGCGCAGUGCCCGCGGCGCUUCACCACGUCCUCGCAGCACCGCCUGCACGCGCGCCGCCACCAGCCCGGCCCCGAGCGCCCGCACGCCUGCGACCGCUGCGGGAAGCGGUACGUACCGUCACAUCCACACGGGCGAGAAGCCGUACCAGUGCGCGCAGUGCCCGCGGCGCUUCACCACGUCCUCGCAGCACCGCCUGCACGCGCGCCGCCACCAGCCCGGCCCCGAGCGCCCGCACGCCUGCGACCGCUGCGGGAAGCGGUACGUACCGUCACAUCCACACGGGCGAGAAGCCGUACCAGUGCGCGCAGUGCCCGCGGCGCUUCACCACGUCCUCGCAGCACCGCCUGCACGCGCGCCGCCACCAGCCCGGCCCCGAGCGCCCGCACGCCUGCGACCGCUGCGGGAAGCGGUACGUACCGUCACAUCCACACGGGCGAGAAGCCGUACCAGUGCGCGCAGUGCCCGCGGCGCUUCACCACGUCCUCGCAGCACCGCCUGCACGCGCGCCGCCACCAGCCCGGCCCCGAGCGCCCGCACGCCUGCGACCGCUGCGGGAAGCGGUACGUACCGUCACAUCCACACGGGCGAGAAGCCGUACCAGUGCGCGCAGUGCCCGCGGCGCUUCACCACGUCCUCGCAGCACCGCCUGCACGCGCGCCGCCACCAGCCCGGCCCCGAGCGCCCGCACGCCUGCGACCGCUGCGGGAAGCGGUACGUACCGUCACAUCCACACGGGCGAGAAGCCGUACCAGUGCGCGCAGUGCCCGCGGCGCUUCACCACGUCCUCGCAGCACCGCCUGCACGCGCGCCGCCACCAGCCCGGCCCCGAGCGCCCGCACGCCUGCGACCGCUGCGGGAAGCGGUACGUACCGUCACAUCCACACGGGCGAGAAGCCGUACCAGUGCGCGCAGUGCCCGCGGCGCUUCACCACGUCCUCGCAGCACCGCCUGCACGCGCGCCGCCACCAGCCCGGCCCCGAGCGCCCGCACGCCUGCGACCGCUGCGGGAAGCGGUACGUACCGUCACAUCCACACGGGCGAGAAGCCGUACCAGUGCGCGCAGUGCCCGCGGCGCUUCACCACGUCCUCGCAGCACCGCCUGCACGCGCGCCGCCACCAGCCCGGCCCCGAGCGCCCGCACGCCUGCGACCGCUGCGGGAAGCGGUACGUACCGUCACAUCCACACGGGCGAGAAGCCGUACCAGUGCGCGCAGUGCCCGCGGCGCUUCACCACGUCCUCGCAGCACCGCCUGCACGCGCGCCGCCACCAGCCCGGCCCCGAGCGCCCGCACGCCUGCGACCGCUGCGGGAAGCGGUACGUACCGUCACAUCCACACGGGCGAGAAGCCGUACCAGUGCGCGCAGUGCCCGCGGCGCUUCACCACGUCCUCGCAGCACCGCCUGCACGCGCGCCGCCACCAGCCCGGCCCCGAGCGCCCGCACGCCUGCGACCGCUGCGGGAAGCGGUACGUACCGUCACAUCCACACGGGCGAGAAGCCGUACCAGUGCGCGCAGUGCCCGCGGCGCUUCACCACGUCCUCGCAGCACCGCCUGCACGCGCGCCGCCACCAGCCCGGCCCCGAGCGCCCGCACGCCUGCGACCGCUGCGGGAAGCGGUACGUACCGUCACAUCCACACGGGCGAGAAGCCGUACCAGUGCGCGCAGUGCCCGCGGCGCUUCACCACGUCCUCGCAGCACCGCCUGCACGCGCGCCGCCACCAGCCCGGCCCCGAGCGCCCGCACGCCUGCGACCGCUGCGGGAAGCGGUACGUACCGUAACAUUGGGAUGGAGAAUAAACGCACACGUACAUUUCAGUUUUUAUACUUUUUUUUUUCUCCUAGUAAGAGCGGUCGUGUUCAGGUUCGUGUGCCGCUCGUCGUGGCUGGCGCACAUGCGGCGCGAGGCGCGCGCGGCGGGCGCGGCGGGCGGGGCGGGCGGGGCGGGCGGGGCGGCGCGGCACCGCUGCGCGGCGUGCGGGCGCGGCUUCGCGGAGCGCUGGGCGCUGCUGAAGCACGCGCGGCGCCACACCGGCGAGCGGCCCUUCCGCUGCCCGCUGUGCCCGCGCGCCUUCGCCGACUGCUCCAACCUCAACAAGCACAAGAAGCAAGUGCACAAGCAAGUCAGCCUGCUGGUGGACAAGCACCUCCCGCCGGCGCCCGCCAGCCCGCAGGACGAGCGCGUCAUCUACGUCGCCUACGACGUGGACUCCGGCCCCACCGCCUUCCACAUCGUCGAGGCCGACCAGAUGACGACGAUAGAAAACGAGACAGUGCUAAAAGAUACCCUAUACUCCGGGUCCUCGCUCCUGCGGCGGCCCGAGCUGCCCGAUCCGGAACCAGUGGAACAGAUGGAAGAAGUGGAACAUGUUCUCGAGGAAAUGGAACCAGUGGUGCUGGAGGAGAGCGAGCAUAUGCCGGUGACGGACGAGCAGGGCAACCCGCUGCACUUCACGAUGCAGGACGGCACGCGGCUCGCCAUCACCUCCGCCGACGGGAAGUCGCUGCAGGUUAUAACUCAAGAUGGCCAAACGAUACCAGUGGAAAUCAACGGAUUUGCAGACGAAGAGGAAAUCGAAAACCCCGACACGAUAGUACACCAUCUCAACCUGCAGAAAACCGUCGACACCGACGGCGCCGCCCACGUCGCCCACUACUUCACCAUCGUCUAAACUAAAGUAAAAAAAACACAAAUAUCAACAAAUUAGGACUUAUCUACAAUUUAAUUGAUUCCAUUGUAUAACACAGUUGUUCCUAUCCGGCGGCCCUUGAAAGCUUUUUAUGAAUUUAUAAACAGAAAAUCCCUUUGACCGUGCGCGUUAGAGGGUCUGCCAUCUUGUGGUCUGAAUUGCUGUGAAGUUGCAUGGAGAAAUAUGAAUGAAUUCAUUGAUAAAGUCGCCAUGCACUUUUACGGCUAAUGGUACAUUGACACUUCACGACAAGACAAGUGCUGCCAUCUUCCGUUCUCGUACGUUUCCUUGUGCAUAGUAGGUUCUGUCAUCGUGUGGGCUACAUUGGAAGCAUAAACUUCACAUUUGCGCCUCGCGCAUUAAUCUACCGUCCGUCUCCUGUGCUGCCCCCUAUAGUUUAUACACGCUCCCUAUAUUCAUCGUAAGUAUUAGAACAAAGAGUUCACUGAAAGGUUAGAAACCACUUUUGUAAAGGAAGUGACCUAUAUAACGCUUUUUUUAGUUACACGAUUGAAUCGAGUAAAUUGUAGACAUUUUAACUGUAUUAAGGCGUUAGUUAAAUUCCCUACCAACCGACUCUGGUCUUUGUUUCCGAAACAUAGGAACCACCAUUUUAUGCCAAACAAAUUUUAGUCAUUUUUAUAUAUUCGAUUCGAUAAUAUGGUAUCUAUGGAUACGGAUGCAAACGCAAGAUUUUUACUUGAAAGAUGAUUGUGUUUUCACUACAAUACUUAAUGAAACAAAUGGAACAUUCAUUUCAAGCAAUACCAGGUUAAUGCAAUUUGAACUAUUAAUUUUAAAUUUACAUAUUUAUGGUUUUACCGGUUCUGUUAUGAAGGAGAUUUGAGGAAUUAAAUUCACACACUACUAAUAGUUUUUAUUCAAAACACAGCUGGGAUUGGCGAGUGGAAUUCAAACCGAACACACAAUAUUCAUAAUGAUCUCAAUUAGUGUAUGUAUUGUAUAGUUAAAGUUAUUUGAGAUUAACGUUUUUGCCCCCAAAAAUGUGAGGGAGUGCAGAUGAAAUUUAUUUUUAAAUUAAUUAAUUGUUCUCAUGUAAAUUAUAGCUGUAGAUACAGCUAGAGAGACAUGCAAUAGCACUCCACCUUUUUUAUUUCGAUAGAAAACACAAAUACAAACGUGAGUGUGGUUAGAAACAAGACAACGAAAAAAAAUUACCUCAGUAUCCGUUACUCUCAAAUAAUUUUGAGUCACGGUAUGGCCAGGCCGAUUUUUAGUAAUUUCGAUUCGAUUUACCGAGUGAUAGUAAUGUUUACCAGAAAUCGGCCUAGACAUACCUUAACCAUACACAAUGUAUAUGUGCAAUGUACAUUUUGUACAUGAAACUUUCAAGGUUUUAGUUAAUUAAUAAUUAAUGAUUAGCGAUAUAGCAACAUAUUUAUUAAGAGAGCAUGCUUUUACUAACUGUAAGCUGUAACGUGAAUUGUAUUUUUAACGUUUUAAUUGAUUUUGUUUUUACAUUUUAAGAUGAACAGUUAAAUGGACCAUUGUUAAUUUAUUUAAUUGGUAUUAUGGAAGUAAAUGUUUGUUUAAUGAAUAACAGAAUAAUGAUAAUAAAAGUUGAUUUAA